GACCACUCCGUCAAAUAUCACCCUCAAAAGGCAGACGAUCAUGGCCCAAUGGCUUGUUAACUAAAAAGCCUGCAACUCUUCUGAACAAAAAGAGAUGGAUAAAAUCCGUGACCGUUUUGAAUUGGACAGCCACAAUCACCCUCUGUCUGCUUAUUCUCUCAGUCUCAGGCUACCUUCUCUCCAUGAGCAUCCGUGCGGUAGAUGGCGAUACCACUGUUUCAGCUCUCUGGAACCUGGGUUUUGGCACUGCCACAUAAUCCACGAUACUAGAGAUCUGUAGUGAAUUUAAAAGUUGUGCUCAAGUUCUACCCAUGGUUUUUCUUGCAAACAGCCCGCAAUUGCCAGUUUCAGUUGCAUAUUUCCUCUACAACAGUAUUCUGACUAACAUGCUUCUUGCGGCCGAGUAUAAUGAUUAUGCUGGGCAACGCAAGCCAUUGCGCGUUUCCUGGCCCAAAGGAUCCCAACGCUCAACCUACUACCUCAGCCUUCCAUAUCGAUAUAGCAUUCUGCUCUUGAUAACCCAUGCAGUGCUGCAUUGGCUUGUAUCCCAGAGCCUAUUCUAUGUGGAGAUUCUCCCAUAUGAUAUUUCUGGGAAUCCUUUAGCGGAAUACCAGAUAAUCAACUGUGGGUACUCACCAAUUGCAAUCAUUUGUGCCAUUGUUCUCGGGUCUGUAAUGGUGUGUACCAUCUUAGGGUUGGGGUUGAAGCGUCUCAAAACCAACAUGCCCCUCGCCGCCAGUUGCAGCAUGGCAAUUAGCGCUGCGUGUCAUCCUCCACCUGGCGAUGACCAUGCCCUCAAACCUGUUAUGUGGGGCGAGAUCCCGGCAGCACAACUCGACCCUGCAAAAACAAGCAGCGAAGCGGAUGAUGGAGAGGAAACAUUGCGCUCUGCGUCCAAUCUGGAUACAAGAGACCACGGGUCAGAUGGGGAUGAUUCAAACCCAGAUUCAAAUCGGGGACAGGGGAAUGAGAGCCAGGCUCAGUUAUUGACUGAAGAAAAUGGCUCUGCUGGAGAGGAUUGCACGGGACAUGGUCAUUGCAGCUUUUCAUCCCUUGAGAUUAUUGUUCCUAGUCCUGGGCGGCCCUAUAUAUGA